AUGGAUCGGAGGUCCCGGGCUCAGCAGUGGCGCCGAGCUCGCCAUAAUUACAACGACCUGUGCCCGCCCAUAGGCCGCCGGGCAGCCACCGCGCUCCUCUGGCUCUCCUGCUCCAUCGCGCUCCUCCGCGCCCUUGCCACCUCCAACGCCCGUGCCCAGCAGCGCGCGGCUGCCCAACGCCGGAGCUUCCUUAACGCCCACCACCGCUCCGGCGCCCAGGUAUUCCCUGAGUCCCCCGAAUCGGAAUCUGACUACGAGCACGAGGAGGCAGACCUUGAGCUGUCCCUCCCCGAGUGCCUAGAGUACGAGGAAGAGUUCGACUACCAGACCGAGAGCGAGACCGAGUCCGAAAUCGAGUCCGAGACCGACUUCGAGACCGAGCCUGAGACCGCCCCCACCACUGAGCCCGAGACCGAGCCGGAAGACGAGCGCGGCCCGGUGGUGCCCAAGCACUCCACCUUCGGCCAGUCCCUCACCCAGCGUCUGCACGCUCUCAAGUUGCGAAGCCCCGACGCCUCCCCAAAUCGCGCGCCGCCCAGCACUCAGGAGCCCCAGAGCCCCAGAGAAGGGGAGGAGCUCAAGCCCGAGGACAAAGAUCCAAGGGACCCCGAAGAGUCUAAGAAGCCCAAGGAGGAGAAGCAGCGGCGCCGCUGCAAGCCGAAGAAGCCCACCCGCCGUGACGCGUCCCCGGAGUCUCCUUCCAAAAAGGGACCCAUCCCCAUCCGGCGUCACUAAUGGAGGACGCCGUCCAGAUUCUCCUUGUUUUCAUGGAU